CGCCACGUCACUUACUUCCGGUUUAUUUUUUUCCACAACAUUGUUUUUGGAUUUAUUUCUCAGCUAUGCUUUAAAUGAUUUACUGAAGCCAGUAGACCUGCUUUUCACCAUGUUGGAAGAGAUUGUGUAGAAUGCACAGAAUAAAUGAUCUUAGAAAUGUCGGGAACAAGUAAAAAACAGAACUUAGUUCAGAAACUUUCAACACAGACGAAAGAUGGGUUGAAGAUAGAGAACCAAAGAUUAUGUAAGAUACUAAAUGACCUGAAGAAGAAGUACAAACUGACCUAUGAGGUCAUACAGCAACUAGAUCAGGAGUACCAACAAUCUAAAGACAGCAUGGUACUGAGAUACCCACAGUUGAAAGAUAUGAUAAGAAGAGCAACAACUGACCAAGUUCUACAGCAGGCUGAGAUGCCGAAAAUCCCUAAACAUAAAGGGGUUAAAGAUCUGUUCCAUAGUACAGAAGGUACAACACAGGUUCAACAGCCUGUCCAAUCAAGGUCUUCUAGUUUCUUACAGACCUGUAAACAGUUUGCUGGCAAAUCUGACGAUUCUUCUUAUGAAAUGAAAACAGUUACCAGAAAUCUUUCUGACAUGCAUAAGAAAGAGAUAGAAGAUGAUAACAAAAACAAGGAACACAUGAUCAGCGUGUACGAGAAUAAAUUCUUAAGAGCUCACAACAGACUAACCAAACUGAAGCAGGAGUUUAUUGCAUCUAAAGAAGAUCUUCUGCCUGUUAGGUACAACAAGUUGAAAGAAAUGAUAAAAACAGUAACUAAAGAUGAAAAAUUAAAACCUGAGUAAAGAAAGGAUGUCAUGUUUGAUAUUAGUACUUUACUUCUCAGGUUUAUGUUGUAAUUUUCUUUUUGGAGUGGAAAAAAGGGGGAUUGUAAAGAAAUAUGGUAAUUUCUUUUUCAUUGAUGUGCAAUUCAAUUCUAGUUAUCAUGAAAUAUGU